AUGGUCACCAUCAAACUGCCCUCAGAGCGGGCCGCCAAAUACCAUAGGGACGAUGUCAGAAUAGCGCAUGAGGCGGAAGAGACUGAUAAGACGGGGGAGACGGAGAGCGGGGUAGCGGCGCGGCCAUUGGCUGCAGAGGGGGCUGAAGGGACGGAGGGGCCGAAGGACGGAGGGGAGGCGCGGCCAGAGGAGGCAGAAGAGGGGGAAGAGACGGCGAGCGGAGGGGUGGCGCGGCCAGAGGAGGCGGAGGAGGGGAAAGAGACGGCGAGCGGAGUGGCGGCGCUUCGAGAGGGGGCGGAGGGGGUAGAGGAAACAGGAGAGACGGAAAGCGGAGAAACCGCAUGGCCGAUUACGUCAACCCCGACGGACACUGAAGGGGGCGGGUUUAGAGGUUUCCCGGAAGUAGAGGCAAGGCUGGAGGCACCUGUUGUGGCGGCGGGGACCCGGCCGCGACAGAUGUUGGAGGACUCGGAAGGCGAGGUCUCUCCAUUUAGGGGGUUCCUCAAUGACAUGGGCGGAGGGUUAGGAGGCCAAGCUGGGCCGCAACCACUCAUAUGGGAACCGGAUGAGGCACAGAGUAGACCCGGAUCACCGGAAGAACCGCUAUGGCCCCUCCACUAUUCUCUAGCGGACUCCACGUUCAGCGUGAGGGUGGAAGAGCCGACUGAUGACGAGAGAGAAGCGGGUGGGUCGGCGGACGCCGCGACGGAAGUGCCCACACCCGCACCACGGUACAAUCUCCGGCCACGCCCCCCGCCAGUCAGGGGAGGGGGUGACGGCGCACGGAAUGAGGGUGACCAAAGCCGGUGCAAGCGGAGGGAAGCGUCGCCAUGCCAGGCUGUUUCGGAGGGGGGCAAUUGA